AUGACGGAGGAGAACGUGGUUGUGGCGAAUAUCAACAUUGGAAUUUUGGGCCACGUCGACAGCGGGAAGACGUCUCUGGCGAAAGCGCUCUCCUCCACCGCUUCCACAGCGGCGUUUGACAAAAGUCCCGAGAGCCAACGUCGCGGCAUCACGCUAGACUUGGGAUUCAGUGCCUGCUGCAUCCCCACGGCCGCGGCCGCACCGCCGUUGUAUGCGGCAGGCAUUGAGGAGGUCCAGUGCACCUUUGUUGACUGCCCGGGUCAUGCGUCCCUCAUUCGGACCAUUUUGGGUGGGGCACAGAUUAUAGACAUAAUGAUCCUUGUUAUCGAUGCAUGCAAAGGGAUACAGACGCAGACCGCAGAGUGCAUCGUCAUUGGCGAAGUCCUGUGUAAGCCGCUGCUAGUGGUAAUUAACAAGAUUGAUGCGGUGCAAGGUUCAACCCCAGCUGAGAAGCGCGCAACACUGGACAAGUUGCGGAAGCGUCUUCAAAAGACGUUUGAACGUACCCGCUGGCCCCUAGUGCAGAUGGUGGAAGUUGCUGCCGCCCCGCGUGGAGACGCGGCGACGACAGGUGCGCCGCCUCACCCCAUAAAUGUGGAGGAAGUGACUUCUGCCGUUUUGGGCCUUGUCGAUGUGGCGGUGUUGAGGGAGCAGUUGGAAACGCAACUUCGACCGGAGGACUUUGCGAUGAUGUUUGAUCACUGUUUUGCAUUGAAGGGCCAGGGCACCGUUUUUACUGGCACCGUUCUUCGUGGACAAGUCAGCGUCGGUGAUAACAUUUUGAUUCCGGAUUCGCACCUGGUAAAAAAGGUGAAGGGUUUGCAGGCAUUUCGAAAGCCCUUGCAGCGGGCAAGACGCGGAGAUCGUGUGGGGCUGUGUGUGGUUCAGUUUGAUGCCGAGGGGGUGGAACGGGGUUUAUUGUGUAGUGCACAGCAGCAGCAGAGAGGAGCGCUCCCGGCUGACGCACCCCUUUUGAUUGAGAGUGCAAAAGUGCUGGUUGCCGAGGUGAAUCGUGUGCGAUUCCAUCAGCUUUCCUGCGACGCCCACACCAAAUUUCACAUCACCAUUGGCCACUCAACCGUGAUGGGGACGAUGAGGUAUUUUAGUCGUCCCACGCCGCACAUGCGAGAGGGAGAGAAGUCCACGGCGUUUGAUCUCUUGCAGGAGAGUUUAUAUGUUGAGGAACUCACAGAGGACGCCGUUCUCGCCUUCGACAGCGCUGAAAGUCAACCGCAAUUUGGUCAGCCUGUCGCCGUGAAGCGCGGUCCGCGCACAUACUAUGCCAUUGUCCUCUUGGACCGACCCAUUAUGGCCGCCGUUGGCACCCCGCUAAUUGCCACACGACUCGAAAUGGAGCGGGAAAACAUGUGCCGCAUUGCAAUUGCGGGGUCUGUGUGCGCGCUGCUAAAUGCUGGAGGUUCCGCCGACGCAUCGCUGACGUCUUGGCGAAACCUGCCGAUUGUUCGCUAUAAAUCCAGGGCGCUUGUUGUGGAGCGCGUAGUAAACGAGAAGACUUGUAUCGCCAGCGGUGUUGUUGGGUUUGAAGCCCCGGAGACCAGCGGUGGUAGCAACAACCACAAGGCGAAGGAAAAAGACACCCUGCACGCCGAAGUGCAGAAGUUCAUUGGCAUGCAGGUUCACUUUCGUCCGACUGUGGGCGAGGAAGCUGGUGCCUCCACUCUCACAGGGGCGAAGGAGGGGGUUAUUGACUCCGCGUUUGGCAAAACGGGAAAAGUAAAGCUUGUCUUCAAGGACCCCAUUUUCCUGGAGAACGGGCCCUCGGCCACGGGGCGAGCGAAGCGAGGUGGUGUGGCAUUUCUCACGGACGGUGUGGUGGAGCUCACACUCAAAAAAUACCCUCUCGCUCUCCAUAGUCAACUCCAGCAGUAG